GACCCGGAUGGCCAGCGGGGAUUCAGCACAGGUCAGUAGACACGCAGCAGGCCAAGGUACAGAAACAUAUCGUCAGACUCCACAAUAUCCUGCGGGCCAAAGUCACCCCGACGGCCGCCGACAUGUUAGCGAUGGCAUGGUACGACACCCACCCGAGUGUCAGGUGGACGUCCCGCUACGGCGCCUGCGGACAGAACGUCAUGGUGUCGGCCCGGAAGCGCCACUGGAGCUUCGUGAUGCACAACUGGUGGAGUGGGCGCCGUUCCUUCACGUACGGGGACGAGAGCAACAACUCCAGCGCCGUCUCGGCCUACACCCAGAUGGCGUGGUACAACUCCCACCAGGUCGGCUGCGGCUUCGCUGAGUGCUCCGAGCCCGGCGGGAAGACCUUCUUCAGAUACGUGUGCAACUACUGUCCCUCGGGCAACGACCCGCGACGGCUCAGCAGACCCUACACCCAAGGUCGCUCGUGUCGGAAAUGCCCGGAUGCCUGCCGCUCGGUGUGUCGGAAACCGGAGUGCAAGCUGUGCACCAACGCCUGCACCUACUCGGACCUGUGGGUCAAUUGCAAGGCGCUGGACCUGCAGUGGCAUGAAUGGCUGUGCAACACCAAGACUCGCCAUGGAGUGGAGCGCUUCAGAAACUGCCGAGCCACGUGUCAGUGCCUCAAGCGGAUCACGUGAUCAUGAAUGCCAUGCUUUGCAU